AUGUGGAUUAAUUAUAACCAUUAUAACCUAGCUAUAUUCAUAGGCUAUAUUAUUAGAACUUGGCCAAUGUCACAACAAAAGCAGUAUUUAUCAGUCUACUCAAGUGCAUAAAUUCCGUCGAAUUUGAAUGGAAAAAACACUUAGAAACAAUGAAUUAUUUCCUGACAACAUUCAGAAGACUUCUGGUGUUGGAACCAUCAACUCCAGCUAUUAGCAGGACGGUGACAAAAAUCGUUCCGCAGCCGAAAAGUACGGCCAAUGCAGCCGAAUCGAAAAUUUACGAAAAAGCUGUUAGAAGUGAGAUGACAACGCUACUGGGCAUCAGAGAGAUCGAUGCCCUAAGACUGCUCACUGCCAACAAGAAACUACUGAGUGCCUCCGAUUCGUUGAUCGAAGAAAAUAUCAGCACUUGCCUGAGGCACGGUUUGACUAAAGACAUUUUAUUGAGGCACCCUUUUUUGCUUUAUGAGACCAAUUUGGAGGAGAAACUGUCUUCCUUAAAGGAACUGCCACUGGAUCUUUCAGUUACUUUAAGUUUCGCCAGAAUGGGGACGAAAUAUUUGCGUAAUCUCCAGUUGAUGGGCAAGGUUUUAACGGAUAGAAUCGCAGAUAUCCAGAGAAUGUUCAACGUGCCUCUGGAACAGGCGUGUCAAGUACUGGCAACUAGACGGUUCCUCUUGUGGAAGCCACUGAGUGAGCUCGAAGAGAUUCUGUCGGUGUUUUCAGAGUAUCAAAUUGAGCGAGAAGAACUCCUGAGGGAUUUGUGGGUGUUCAAAUACAGUGUCGAUCAAAUCACAAGCCGCUUAGGGUUUACUAAGCAGCAUGGAGUCAAGCUGAAGACUUGGAUGAUUCGUUGCCCAGAAGAUGUUCUCUACAAACAUCUGAAGAGGGAAUCGGACAACAGGGACAUUCUAGGAGAAAACUCCGUCACGCAAUAUCUGUCUCAAAAGCUCCAUUGUUCUGACAUAAUGGCAAAGAACAUAAUCAAAAAACACCCUCAGCUGCAAAAUAAAAGCCUACUGAAAAUCAAUCUGAUGAUAGAUCUGCUGUACAAGUAUGGAUUUACGCCGAUGCACAUCUGCCGCGUGCCGAAAGUGCUUCUGCAUAGCAGGAAAACCAGCGAAAUGAGACUGAAGCAGUUGAAAGCCUUUGGGAAACUGCCGGAUAGUUUGUAUAUCCUGACCAAGAGCCAAAAGCAGUAUCUGCAGCACUUAGACAAUCUGGUAAAAGAAAACACCAAGUCGCUAACUGCUUUAUAGUAUACGUUCAAGCUUUAAAUAAAAGCCCUGUACAUUUGGA